UGCAAACCGCAAAGUAAAGUUGAGAACCGCAUAGAAUAGAAUUCAUCUAAACGACGCACAGUCACAGGGGAGUGUUGCAACUAUCUCUGACUGCAUUACAGCUUCAGGAGGUUUGUCAGGAGGAAGUACUGCGUCAGGUCUCGUAGAGGUGCUGCUGUAACGCACACAGGGGUGGGACAGACAAACUUUCGACGGGAGGUUGUAGUCUGGGUUUGUGGCGAACAUUUGAAAGCAGAAGUCGAAUCAUUUCGAAUUAGAAUCGCCGUUUAUCGACCAUCAUGUUCAGUUGGUCUAACAGAGAAGGGAAGAAAGACCCAGAACUUUUCCAAAACGUGUCGGAGGGACUGAAGCGCCUCUACCGCACCAAACUCUUCCCUUUGGAGGACACCUAUCACUUCCACGACUUCCAUUCACCGGCUUUAGAAGAUGCUGACUUUGACAACAAGCCCAUGGUGCUGCUGGUGGGACAGUACUCGACCGGGAAGACCACCUUCAUUAGGCACUUGAUGGAGCAGGAUUUUCCCGGGAUGAGGAUAGGCCCCGAGCCCACGACGGACUCCUUCAUCGCGGUUAUGCACGGCGAACAGGAGGGCGUGAUACCUGGCAAUGCGCUGGUCGUGGACCCGAAAAAGCCUUUCAGAAAACUCAACGCCUUUGGAAACGCUUUCCUCAAUAGGUUUAUGUGUGCUCAGUUAAACAACCCCGUCUUGGAGAGCAUCAGCAUCAUCGAUACUCCAGGGAUCUUGUCAGGGGAAAAACAAAGGAUCAGCAGAGGCUAUGACUUUGCUGCAGUUCUUGAGUGGUUUGCAGAACGAGUGGACAGAAUCAUCUUGCUCUUCGACGCCCACAAGUUGGACAUUUCUGAUGAGUUCUCAGAGGUGAUCAAGGCCCUGAAAAACCAUGAGGACAAGAUGCGUGUGGUUCUGAACAAAGCCGACCAGAUCAACACCCAGCAGCUGAUGAGGGUGUAUGGUGCCCUCAUGUGGUCCCUGGGGAAGAUCAUCAACACCCCUGAGGUGGUACGAGUGUAUAUCGGCUCAUUUUGGUCUCAGCCACUUCUGAUCGCAGAUAACAGGAAGCUGUUUGAAGCAGAGGAGCAGGACCUCUUCCGGGAUAUUCAAAGUCUUCCCCAAAAUGCAGCUCUGCGGAAACUCAAUGAUCUGAUCAAAAGAGCACGACUCGCUAAGGUACAAGCUUACAUUAUCAGUUCUCUGAAGAAAGAGAUGCCAAGUGUUUUUGGCAAAGACUCGAAGAAGAAAGAGCUUAUUAACAACUUGGGCACUAUAUAUGAAAAGAUUCAGAAAGAGCACAACAUUUCACCAGGAGACUUUCCUCAUUUAAAGAAAAUGCAGGAGUUGCUAGCUCUUCAGGACUUCAACAAAUUUCCCGCCUUUAAACCAAAAUUGCUAGAGGCAGUGGAAGACAUGCUAGGUAAAGACAUCGCUAAGCUCAUGACGCUGGUCCGUAAGGAGGAGGCUGCCAUGACCAACCAGUCAGUGAAGGGUGGUGCGUUUGAGGGAACCAUGAAUGGGCCAUUUGGGCAUGGAUAUGGAGAAGGUGCCGGUGAAGGCAUUGAUGAGCUGGAAUGGAUCGUGGGCCAUGAUAAGCCAUCCUAUGACGAAAUAUUCUACACGCUCUCACCAAUUAAUGGGAAGGUAUCUGGUGCCACGGCUAAGAAGGAGAUGAUGAAGUCCAAGCUGCCAAACACAGUGCUUGGAAAGAUUUGGACUUUAGCAGAUGUUGACAAAGAUGGCUAUCUGGAUGAUGAAGAGUUUGCGCUUGCGAAUCAUCUGAUUAAGGUAAAGCUUGAGGGGCACGAGCUUCCGGCCAAACUGCCUGCUCAUCUUGUGCCACCUUCCAAACGGCAGGAGCAGAACUGAAUAGCCGGUGUGAGUUGGUUGGAUUUCAGUGGCUCUCAGCUACAUUCCAAAGUGCCCAAGCCACUCUUCCAGCUUGUUUUGACCAUUCAGUUGACUAACCAGUUUUCAGGAAAUUGAUUGUCUUAAUCAGAAAUGCUUGGCUAAGAAUGAUAGGACUGAGAAGACAAACCAGGAACUCAUGUGCCAGUGAGAGACUUUUUCUUUCUUCUGCUUUUUGUUUUAAUAUGGCUUGGAAAUGGAGAAACCACUAUGAGCACAGAAAGAAUUAAAUUGAUUGCCAAACUUCUAUGGUACUGUUUAAUGGGCAUUUAAUUGAGGUUGUAAAGCAGCAGGCAAAGAUUGAAAGAGUUGAAUUUUAAAAAUGUGAAAAUACUACAUAUAUGGUAUAUAUAACUCCAAAAUGAUUGCUGUUGUUGUUUUUUUUGGCAAAACUUCUUUAACUUAUUCUUUUCCCUAUUUUAUAUUUUCUUUUUUUAUAUACUUAAUUUUUGUUCUUUUGAUUUAAAAUCUCUAAACUAUAUAUCAAUAUAUGUAUUCAGAAAUUUUGAGACUGUAUCUUUACUUUCCUUUGGGAUUUUGUGAUCUGAAAUGCUCACCUUCAUUUGAAUGCAACAAUUACAUACAUAGAACCAAUAAAAGAGUUUAUUUGUAA